GGGGGACAUCACUCCCCUGAGACUGUGCUUGCUGCUUUGUUGGGAUGAUGCACGGCAGGGAUCCAGUUCCCCUCUGUGUGUCAGAGCAGUGGACGCCGAGCAGUGGUGUUGGGGAGAAUGACUGCAGUGAGCCCGACAUGGUGAUCCACACCCCGCCAUGUACCCAUGGGACCUGCCCGCCUGUCCUGCCCCUCGAGACCCCACUCACCCAGGCUGCUCUGGGCUUGUAUGUCCCAGUUUGGUGCAGGCAACAGGCUGGGGAGCCAGCGCAGGGCCGAGGGGUGGCUGCACCCGAGGACCCUGUGCUAAUGGAUUUGGAGUUUCUAAGGUCAGGCUCCCACUGCAAGCAAGAAAAACAUUCCCAGGGAAGGGCCAUGGGAAAGGGCCCCCCCCGGCAGCACUCCCAGCCCCAGCCACUGCCUCACAGCCCAGCCUGGCAUCCCAGGCCGCUUGCACAGGGAGGUGGCUGCAUUCCCCCUGAGGAGAGGUGCUGGACAAAGGCUGGGGCGCCCCAGCUGCCCAAUCUCUUGGAAGGGGUAUGCAGUGUGGUGAGGGUGCCUGGCUGUGCCAGGAGAGGAGAGGGGUGAGGGUGCAUCAUGCAGGAGGUUUUUUGGGGUUCUGGGGGGUGAUGGAGGGGAUUGCAUGGUUGAAGAAGGCAGGAGAAGCAUGUGCCAACUCCCAGCCAGCCAGGUCGAUACCCACCCUAUCCCUGCUGCUUGGGCACUGACUCCAACCUCUGCACUUGCAGCGAGCAUGGACCAGCGACAGGGGCCACCAGAGUCGAGACCUGCAGGACCUGCCACGCAUCCGCAGCCCAAGGAGGGGACACUGUGGGGGCUCCUCGCCAUCCUAUCGCUGCUGGCUGGGCUGGCCACGGGCACCCUGCGAACACCACACUGCAACGAGACGCUGGACGCAGCCCCUACACCACAGGGCAUGGCCACUGCCAGCCCAUCUGUGGAGGAUGGUGUGGAGGUGCCACUCGCCGCUGCCUGGAGCCAGCUGUAUGGGGAAAAUGCGACGACGGGUGGUCCAGGCGCCGCAGAGUUGGCGGAGGACCUGCUGCUGCGCGCUGAGCGUUCACCGCCGGGCGCUGGCAAAGCCAAGAAGAGGGCGCGGACACCCUCACGGGGCACCCGCGGGCGCAACUGCCACAUCCGCAACCUGAUGGUGAAGGUGCGGGACCUGGGCCUGGGCUUCAACUCGGACGAGAUCGUGCUCUUCAAGUACUGCAGUGGGUCCUGCCACCGGGCACGCAGCAACUAUGACCUGACACUGGGCAGCCUGCUGCGGCAGCAGCUCAUCGCCCCGGGGCCACAGGAGCGGAUCCUCAGCCACCCCUGCUGCCGACCCACCCGCUAUGAGGCUGUCUCCUUCAUGGAUGUGGAGAACACAUGGCAGACAGUGGAGAAGCUCUCAGCAGCCGAGUGCAGCUGUAUUGGCUGAGGAGGGGGCCACUGGCUUGGCCUCAGCUCGACACAUGCUGGCAGACUCCGGCUUGCCACAUGCAGUGGCACCGGUGCUCAGAGGAAGGGUCUGGCAGAGGCUGGUGCCUCCGUUUUUAUGUGGCCACAAAGAACGGAGGUGAGAUGGAGCCAUGACUGGGGUGUGGGCGGCCAAGCCCCCUCCUGCUCAGUGCCAAGCAGCUGGUGCCGACGGCUACAUGGGGUCCUGCCUGGAUGCACUGUGGCUCAGCCCUGAGAGAGGGGCUGAGGGGAGUAUGGACCAUCCCCACCACUCACUGGCUGGUCUGUCAGCCCAGUGUCCACCAGCAGCACUCCUCCGCCCCUGCUUUAGGGGAGCUGGGGUCAAGUGUCACCCCAAGUUUCAGAGUGGGCAAAACCUCCCUGUCCCCUCAGACACCCUGGGGUCAGUGGUGGCCAGAGCUGCCCUGCAGGGAAGGGGUGUGCCUGAGGACGGACGGGGGUGCAGCCAGGCCAACUUGCGCCAUUGCAGGGUGGGGGACCUGCACCCAGACCAGCAGCAGCCCCUGGUGUUCUGCAGGGUGGUGGGUCACGGGCACCCACUGGGACCCCCAUCCCUGCCUGGCUCCCAGGGGGGUGGCAGGGUCCGCCCCGCUGCCCCGUGGUGCUGCGGCACUAAACUAUUUAUUACUCUAAAUUAUUUAUUUAUUGUUCUCGAGCGGCAGCUCCUAUUUAUGACUUUGGGCCCCCGGGGGCCGGGUGUAAAUUAACCCCAGCGCUGCAGUGAAGCCCUGGGCAGUGCCCCGUGCCCCCCCCUUUUCUAUUAUUUGUAAAAUUUGAGGGAUAAACUCUAUUUUUGUACAGUCGCC